UAAAAAAAACCGAAUGCAUAAAACUAUCUACUACGUAUGAUUUGUUUUUAAAACUGUUAUAAAAUGUAAAAGCACAAUUUUUUCUUGUAUCUCAAAGCUCUUGCGAACAAGAAGAGCGAAAUGUGAUGAAUGUUUUUAAUGGGAAAGGAAAACAUGAAAAAGCACUUCGACCUACAGUAUAUAGUGCCCAAGCACAUGCAAUUUGUCGCAAGAGUGGGGGAUAUUCCAGAAUAUAUUGAACAUAUCUAAAAUGGACUUUCUAUCAAAGCAAGUACUGUUAUUCGUCGGACCUCCAUCAGUUGGAAAGACUUUAUUUUUCAAGAACAAACUUGCAGGUACCCAUGUACUGUUCUCACCCAAAGAGGAAAUUGCAAAAGACAAACAGUUGGGUUUAAGACAACUUGCAUUGAAAGUAGUAAAACUGCUAAAGCAGGGAAAGAAGGUUGCUGUGGAUGGUGAAAAUAAGACCAGAAAAUUGAGGAAAUGCUACAUCCAUAUCAUAAAAGAAAAGGUCCCUGACUGCAGCAUUGCAAUAGUUCUCUUCCGACCUAAAUAUGGUAUGAUUCAGCUGCAGUGGGCCCAGGCAUUUUCACAAGCUGAUGAUUUUUUCACAGGAAAGUCCUUGAAAGAUGAUGAGGACUUACCUUCAACAGAAAAACAGUUCAAAUCAUGGUUGAAUGCACUGAGUGGUAUAAAGAAUGCAGAUGAUGAUGAUGGGCCAGAAAUGCCAAAGGAAUAUGAAGGUUGUACAGUUGGAGACAUCAGUCUGAGAUUGGAAGUUGAGACUGGAUGGAAGUUCGAAGUCCCUGGUCUGUUUAUAGAAUGGCAGUCAUUAUUGAAUGCUAGACCUUCUGAACAACUGGCUAUAGAAACUGGUGCAGUGGAAGCUGUGGAGGCCUGGUAUACAAAGUACACAUGUGGGAGGGUCAUCAUCAUUUUUGAUGGAAGAAAAGGCACAAGAAGAGAUCAAAAGGAGUCAAAACUACAACAGAUGGAAGAUACCUUGAUCAAAUUUUCAGAACAGAUUCAGUCCUGUCCUAUCUAUGCACUCUGUGUAGAAAACAGAGAAAUACCUGGGGAUUUUGCCGAACCUUUAGGACCCAACCUCAUUGCCUUUGCUCAGAGACUGCAUCAUUUAGGCCUUCAGAACAAGGGCUCAGUUUACCUAUACACUUCCCAAGAGCAUUUGCAUUGUGCGACAGCAGCAGGGGUUAAGCAUAUAAAGGCAUCUAAAGCAUUUUCUAAUCCAGCUAUGAUGGUGUCUGGUUAUGGAGUGACCACCCCAUCUACACCUCCACUGUUAGCUGAUGUUGGUUUCAUUAGCUCAUCCUCUAGGGGGAGCCACCAAGCAGUACCUUUGGCUGAAGAUGAGGAGGCACUUACCAAUCGGAAAUGGACUUGUGUUAAAUUGGGAUUUAGGAGAAAAAUGUUUCUCUUUUGUAGAGAUAUUGGUCAAUUGGAAAGUUAUAUACAAGACUACAAACAUUAUAGAACUCCCAUCGAUGAACGUGGUAGUAGGAUAGCAGAAUUAAAUCACAAUAUCUCUGAACCUGUCCAGACUCCUAGGAAAACUCCAACAGUAUUUCUUAGUGACAAAACCAGGGACCUUCCAAAGUGGAUGCUAUGCAAGAAGAAAAAAAUGGAGAGGAGUAGUGGAAUGCAGAAUGUGUCAGAAGUAUCUUCUACACUUGACCUUGACUGUGAUGACCCUGAUGAUGUUGCUGAACAAAGUGUAAAAAGGAGCAGAAUCUGUCAUACAGUGUAUGUCAUGGAUGAAGAUGAACUGAUGCAGACUGCACAAAUGGUGCUGAAAGAGGCAGGUCAAGUUGUAGGUGAUAUUGUAGAUGAACAUCCCCAGAACAGUUUAAGAAGUAGAGUUAAAGGAACUGUAAAGGAGAUACGAGAUGAUCAUUCAAAGCAAAGGGAGACAGUAUCUAGUAGCAAUGAAUGCUUGAAAAUGAUGCAAAGAACAGAAAUCAAGAGAUUAGACCACUUAGACUCCCAUUCUAUGAGUGUUAAUUCAGACAUGCCCUCUCAGGUACAUAGUGGAAAUUAUGUAAACAUAGGAAGCAACAAAGAACAUAAACAAUCUGCCCCAGCGGGAAAUAUGUCAACUAUUUUAGAUGGCAUAAUCAGCAAGGUUGACAAAAGGCCACCUCCAAAAAGCAAAAGAAAAAGUGUUGGAAGGAUUUCACCUGGAUUGUUGGAUUUUACAAUUGACACAUCCACAGCCGAUUCAGGAAGCAUAUCAAAUAUUAGAUACGAUUGCAAAACACAACCAAGUUAAGAAUUAAUGACAUUAAGAAAGACAUUAAUUAAGAAAGCUUUCUAUAAAAGCCAUUGUUUUUACUUAGGACAUAUGGUAUAGACCCCCAUCAAGAAUAUAUUACCAUUGACCCCAUGAAUAGUCAACAUGAAAAAAAUCAAACAUGGAAUAUGUUAUUCAUUUUAUAUAUUAAAUAAGAUUAAAAGGCCCCGAUACUUCAGAUUUUAUUUUCUUAUUAAGUAUAUAACCACUGUUACUCUGUGAUGUAACACUUAAAUAGUAUUGUCUAUGGCACUCUGGGCAUUAUACUUUGAUGGCUAGGCAGGCCCCAUCCUGGUGAUGCAUUCUGUUUCAAUCUGGAAAAGGUAAAUCUGGUCAUCAGGCUUUCUGAAUAGUUCAAUACAAACAAAAUCUAUUCAUGAUGUGACAUUCUUUAGUGGACUUAACAAUUAUGAAUAAUAACUUAUGCCGACUGAAAAUGUCAGCAUUAGGAAGUCUUUUUUAAAAAAAAUAACAAAAUUCAAAAGAGCACUGUAAGAUUUGGCCUCAUUUUUAUGUACAGACACAGAUGUGUCUGUACAUAUUGCCAUCA